AGGGGAGGGGGAGGCGUAGGGAGACCGAUCGAAGAGCACGGCGGCGCCCAACGAAAAUAAAACCCUUCUUUCUUCUCUUUCUUUAAUCGUUUGUUGUUAGUUUUUGAGAGGAAGAGAGGAGGGAGAUGAGGAGUGGGGGGGAAUAGAGAGAGAGAUCAAGAGAGAAAUCUAUAAUAAUAAAUAAAAAAAGAUGCGAACAAUAUGCGAUGUCUGCGAGAGUGCGGCUGCUGUGCUCUUCUGUGCUGCUGAUGAGGCUGCCCUCUGCAGAUCCUGCGAUGACAAGGUCCACAUGUGCAACAAACUCGCCAGCCGGCAUGUUAGAGUAGGACUUGCUGACCCUAGUGAAGUUCCUCGCUGCGAUAUAUGUGAAAAUGCCCCUGCUUUCUUCUAUUGUGAUAUAGAUGGAACUUCCCUGUGCUUGCAAUGUGAUAUGAUUGUGCAUGUUGGAGGAAAAAGAACCCACGGAAGGUAUCUCCUACUGAGGCAGAGGGUUGAGUUUCACGGCGAUAAGCAAGGCCAUGUAGAAAAUGUGGCCAUGCAGUCCAACGAACAAGUAGAAAAUAGAAAGGAUCAGAAUCAUGUGGCAAAGCUCAUGAUGAUAGAGAAUAUGCAAAAUCACAAAGUACCAGCUGCAACUCCUUUAGAUGUCAACGGUGAUGAUCACGGCAAGAUUGACACAAAAAUGAUUGACCUUAACACAAGACCUUAUCGGAAUCUUGGGCAGGCUUCAAACUCUAGGAGUCAGAGCAUGGAUUACCUGAGUGGGAGCAACAAUAACGGUUCAUGAUUGGAUCUUUCAGGAGAAUUAUCACAGAACAAACUUAGUAGUGAGGUACAAUUCAAUAAUGGUGUAAUGUACAUUAACCCUUUAUUCUGUUGUUUCAUUAUAGCAGUGAUCGGAGUAACUGAUCUGUCUUCUUUAAUUUGGUUUUUAUCGGACAAUUGGCCUGCGGCUCAGAUCUGCUUUAGAGGAUUCUGUGUGACUUCUGUCCUUGUUGCCAUGAAAUUGUAUUGUAAUGCAUUUCUUGUACAAAAGUUUGCAGUAAAUUUCUGGCUUGUUUUAGAUUUAUAUAGUUAUUCCUACUAAAUGCACUAAUUCCAGUUUUCGGGUU